AUGCCUCUCGAAAAUCGACCGCGACUUCCCCGAAUAGCCCUAAGCAAACGGAAUCGGGCUGUCGUGAGGACUCUGAACCCAAUGCUGGUGACCCAUUUAGAAGCCAGCCGGGACCUUUGCGAUACGGAUUCAAUUCUUUUUGGCACCGCGCUGGAAGUCUGCCGUACUAUAGGGGCAAAGGUUUCCACGGCUGGACGCGCUACUGGCCAAAGUAGCGCUAUCCCAGCAUGGAGAAAAAGAAUUGAGGAACAUAUCGCAAAGGCUAGAGCUCUCAUCGGCAGACUAAUAUGCUUCAAUAACAGGACAAGAAUUGUGCGCACCGUCAGGAUGGCGUUUGCUGGGACAAAUAUCAGUAUUUCCCAGCUUGAUAUAACGCAAGAACUGACGGAGCGCAUAGAUGAUCUGAAGUAG